GAUUAAUAAAAAUUUCUGGAGAUAGAACUUUGUGUACAUGUCCUAGUAUGUUGGGAGCUCACAAGGACUGAAAAGAUCAAGGAUUGUACUGUAUUUCCAGGCAAACAGCCACUUUCAUAGUUUGUGAGAGAACACGCCGCCUAGUGAGGGAUCAGUGAAUUACACAGUGCUAGCUGCAUCACCAGCAAAUUUUGCCGCUUUUCCUAAGCCCCUCUUCCCCCAAGAUGUUGUGGAGUGAGCAAGAAAUUAUGUGGAUGUGAUGUGUGUCCCAUCAUAGGACAGAAACUCUGAGCUGAGGGAGUUCAAAUCACAAGGGACAACAUGGGUGCCUUUUAACCUGUUCACUGGAGAGACAUUCUUGAAGCAACUGGGACAUUGAGUAUAUAACUUAGAAGACAGAAGCUGUAUAGACGAUGUCUCUCAGUGAAAAUCCUCAGAAGUUUUACUAAAUUAGUUACAAGUAUUGAACCUCAUAAAAUACGUCAGCAACCUUCUAAUAUACAGUCUUAUAUUUCAAAUAGGGUCUCAUAUUUGACUUGAAACUCCGGAUUACAACUGCAACCUACAGCCUUUCUAUACAAGUUGGUCUAGAACUGGUUGUUUGUUUGUUUGUUUGUUUGUUUGCCUCGAAGCUCUUAUUUCUGUUGUAAAUUGAAGUAUUUUCACCCUAAUUUGAAACAAUUUAAAUUAUUAUCGAGAUAUUUUUAAAACAAAAUCAGAAGACAAACUACAAAUGAUGAUUAAACCACUCAUUAAGACCUGGCCACUGUCCAUAAACCAUUCUAUGUGUAUUAUACUUAGUUAUGUGUACGUUUGUAUAAGUGUUUGUGUGAAGAUAAGUGCACAUGAUUGAAGGUGCCAGAAGAGGCUAGAGCUGUCAGAUUCCGGUGGAGCUUGAGUUAUAGGUGGUGAUAAGCCACUCAAACUUGGAUCUUCUACAAAAGCAGUAUGUGCUCUUAACUGCUGAGCCACCUCUGCAGCCCCUUAUUUACUUAUUUAGGGUAUGUGUGUGUGUGUGUGUGUGUACACGUGCAUGUGCGAGCCAUGGAGUCUAGAGAUAUUAAGCCCCCUGGAGCUAGAAUUGUACCACCAGACUUGGGGUCUGAGAACUAAACACUUGGAUGCUCUGCUAGAGCAGCAUGCACUCUUAACCAGUGAGCCAUCUCUCCAGCCCUGAGAAUGUGGGUUUUGUUUUGUUAAUAAAAUGUGUUAUUGUGUGUGUGUUGAAUGAGUGUAAUGGUAUACUCACACUUGGCUUGCAGGACAAGUGUUUUCCCAUCCUCUGUGCUCACGUAACUCUUCAUGCUGCUUGUGUAACCUAAGCCGGGUCCAGGAUCACACCUUAUGUCUGCCUCAGCCUCUGGAGUGCUGGGAUUACUGGAAUUAAGAAGUCUUCGUUCCUUUCCUGCAUAUCAGAGCAGUUUCUCUGCAUACAGAACUGGAGUAACUUUUACAAACAGCUGGCAGAUUGAAGAUUCCCCAAGCUUUGUGUUGAAGUCACAGUAAUUGGACUACAAGUACCAGCUUGGGGUAACCCAAGUCUGUUAGUGGAACCAUGAAAGUUUUGUUGGUGUUUGACUUUGACAAUACAAUCAUAGAUGACAACAGUGACACCUGGAUUGUACAGUGUGCUCCAGACAAAAAGCUUCCCAUUGAGCUACAAGAUUCUUACCAAAAGGGGCUUUGGACAGAAUUUAUGGGCAGAGUCUUUAAGUAUUUGAAAGAUGAGGGGGUAAAAGAAGAUGAACUGAAGAGGGCAGUGACGUCACUGCCCUUCACCUCAGGGAUGAUAGAACUUCUCAGCUUCCUGAGGAUGAAUAAGGACAGAUUUGACUGCAUCAUCAUUUCGGAUUCAAAUUCCAUCUUCAUUGAUUGGGUUUUAGAAGCUGCUGCUUUUCGUGAUGUCUUUGAUAACGUGUUUACCAAUCCAGCAUCUUUUGAUAGCAAUGGUUGUCUCACAGUGAAAAAUUGCCAUAGUCAUUCUUGCACUAGGUGCCCAAAGAAUCUUUGCAAAAAUAUAGUUUUGGGAGAAUUUAUAGAUAAACAGUUACAAAAGGGAGUGAGGUAUACACAGAUUGUUUAUAUAGGCGAUGGUGGAAAUGAUGUCUGUCCAGUAACUUUUUUAAAGAAAAAUGAUGUUGCCAUGCCACGGGAAGGAUAUACUUUACAUAGAACUCUUGCCAAAAUGUCUCAAAACUUUGAGCCUAUGGAAUCGUCUGUUGUAGUUUGGUCUUCAGGUGUUGAAAUAAUUUCUCAUUUACAACGUCUAAUGAAGAUGUGAUGUGCCAACCAUUGAAGUGUGCAUUAGUUAAGGUCGGGCUCAGCAACAUAAAACUCAAUUCCCAGUAUUAGUACCUUUAAGUGAGAGGUUUUCCUCUUAAAGAAUUCUGGUGGGAUGUCAAGGCCACUAGGUUGCUUAGCCACCCUCAGCUUUUGGUCCUAACCCAUGGUUUGAGAUUGAUAUUGAAGCUCCAAUCCUCACAACAAACAGUAUGACCACCAAGAACCAGGGCAGUAGGAGUUUACCCUUUGUUCAAGAAUAUUUUCCAAUUGUACCAAACAGUUCUUUUUGAAUACCACUAGCCAAAACCUGGUCAGAGCCUUCCCCAACUGCAAAGAUGGGAAAUGUAGCUUUCAUUCCAGGUGGUCAUGUGCCUGGGAAAAAGUGGAAAAACAAUAUAUAAUUAAAGUAUGUGGAACUCAUAGUCUAUACUAAGGCUGGUUAAUAGAUUCUGGUUGUUUUUUUUUUUUUUUAAUUUCUGAAGAAAGUAGCUUUAUUUUACUCUUAUUUAAAAAAUAGACGCAAUAGUUACCAAUGUUGAAAGGAGUUGAUGAGCUGUCUUCCCCUGCUGUCAGCAAGUCAUACAGACACUCAAGUAUGUCCAAGAUUCAGCUUCCCCACCACCUGCUACUAUGGCCAAGGCAGGCGUUGUUACUGGAGGUGAAAUGGAUGCUAAUACUGCCUAACAGGAGCACUGAAGACUGCCGUCAUCCAAGAGGGCCCAGCAUGAGGCUCAUGCAAAGCCGCCAAAGCCUUAGGCAAGUAUGUACUUGAACCCAAUUGUGAUGAGCCUUUGUGUGUCAAGUUGGUGGAGGAGCUUGGUGCUGAGCAUGAAGAUCAAAUUAGGCAUCUGUGAAAACAAGAGAGGGAACCUAUAAACCUAGCUGUGGUGUGUUAAGGAUGCUAAUUGAAGACUAUUUCAAAUGCAAGAAAUAAAACUAGCUUGAUUUUCUCAACAACGAAAGCCCGAUACUUUAUUCACAUAAGAAUAAAAAGCUCUCAAAUGUAUAUGUCUUCUGAAAUCUGUUUUUAAAACAAGAGCGCAGUAUUUUACAUUUUGUGUGGAGUUGAGGGAUACUGUGGUGGAGGUCAGAAAACAGCUUAUUGGUAAUUGGUUCUCAUUCCACUGUGUGGGUCCCAAAGAUCAAACUCAGGUCAUCAGCCUUAGUGACAAGUGCCCUUAACUGUUGAGGUAUCUAGCCAGCCCAUGAGGCAGUAUUUCUUGUUGGAAGUUUUCAUCAGUAGGGAUUUCCUUUUGAAAUAAAAUAUAUAUUAUUCUUC